CCUGACCAAAACAACCAAGAAGACGUCCAUAUUUGUUUUGAAAAACUGAAGCAUAUUGAAUACAACUUUAAACUACUUUCCCACGUGGAAUUGCUAAAAGUAACAUUGUUUGCACUAAGACUCCAGGCCUUAGUCUGUGAAGCUAGUAAUUCUGAGUCGAAACACAUACAGAAAAGGCCAGAAAAAUGUCGGAUAUGGAGAGCACUCCAGUUGUUGAAAAUGGCGAGGUUGACUUGAAGAACGGAAACAACAACGUGCCUUCAGAAUCUCCAAAUAUCACCCCAACUAAGGAAGGAAGAGUUAUCCAUAAAGCUAAGAGAACACUAAGACAGAGUCCCAAUGUUGUUGAAGGGGCUGUUAAUGGUGACAUAUCAAGUUUGGUGCCAAAACAGUUGCAGAAAAAUAGUCGUAAAUCUCGCACUGGUUUUGGAAGGGGCUUGCCAAAGAAAGGUGGUGCAGGUGGCAAAGGAACAUGGGGAACUCCUGGUUCAGAGAUGGAGGAAGUGAAUGUCUAUGAUGAGGGAGACCCCAACUAUGACUCUGACAGUAAUGGAGACUAUGUUGUAAAGAAGGUAGUGCCUGAGGUGACAGAGGAUGAAUUAACCAAAUCCGUAGAACCAAUUCUACAGGAGUACCUGGAACAUGGAGAUACUGAUGAAGUUGCUGCAUCUCUUAAGGAAAUGAACAUUGGCUCUAAGAAACACAAAAUUACUGAACUUGCAGUUAGCCUUGCCAUGGACCGCAAGGCAUCUCACAGGGAGUUGAUCUCUGUUCUGAUCUCAGACUUAUACAGUAAGGUCCUAUCUCAGGGGGAAAUGGCUCAGGGCUUUGAUAAACUUCUUCACCAGCUGCCAGAGCUGGUCAUUGACUGUCCUGAUGCAUGUGAUAUUCUAGGCCAGUUUAUUGCCAGGGCAGUGGCAGAUGACUGUCUACCUCCAAAGUUUGUUCACAGCUUCAAAGGCAAAGUGGACAAUAAGCACAUACUGAAAGCCUUGGAGAAAACUGAUGUUUUGCUGAACAUGAAACAUGGAAUAGUGCGCCUUGAUAAUGUCUGGGGUGUUGGAGGUGGCAUCAGGCCUGUGAAGUAUCUCAUUAAUAGAAUGGUGCUACUACUGAAAGAAUAUUUAUCUUCCGGGGAUAUCUCUGAAGCUACGCAAUGUCUCAAAGACCUUGAAGUCCCCCAUUUUCACCAUGAGCUUGUUUAUGAGGCUACUGUGAUAGUCAUUGAGGAAUCCAGUGAGAGAUCUGCCAAAAUGAUGUCCUCUCUUCUGGCCUCCCUAUACAAAAGUGUCAUAAUUACCAAGGACCAAAUGGAAACGGGUAUGAUGAGAAUCUACGAAAAUAUGCCAGAAAUCAGUAUAGAUGUCCCUGCAGCAUACAUGCUCCUUGAACGAUUUGCCAACUUCCUGCAACGAGAUGGCGCAUUCACGGAUAAGCUUACUAAAGAAUUACCAAAUAGAGGACGAAAGAGGUUCGUAUCAGAGGGUGAUGGCGGCAAAGUCAAGGAAACCGAACUAAACCACUAAACCACAAUAAAGACUACAAAACUCAAUGUAAAUAGCAAAACCUGAGAAAUGAAUAUGCUCCUGACAUAGUUUUCUCUUUUUUAUUUACUAUACCUUGGAGUAUGAAAUAUUCAGAAAAUGUUCACUAUUCUGAAUUUAAAUAAAGGACAUGUAUGAAGUAUUCAUAUGCACCUGGGACCGGUUGGGAGAGGAUUUAUUUUUAUGUAUAAAGUGGAUUGGAUGCAAGUGUGAAUUGAACUUGAUGCGUGAUCACUGCCCCUGUCAGGAAUUUUGUGAAUUCUUCAUCACAUCACAUCACAUUACAUCAAAGUUUAGGAACACAAAUUGCAUCAAAUAAAAAUGUCUCAUGAAUUGCCAAAGUAGUUGAAACUCCACAAGACCUUUAAGUGUGAAAUGCCAGAACUGACUGAUAAAUGGAAAAAAAAUCAAUAUAUGGGAACUAGUAUACAGCGAUUUUCAGCAACCUGCCUGUAUGUGUUGUGUAUAUAUUUCAGGAGACGGAAUUGAUAAAGUAGAUAUGUUUUCUCAAUAAUUGAAUCAUCAUAUUCUUCUCAGUCUAGAACCAUAUGCCACAUACUCAUAUUGCCAAUUCACAUUUUCUUCAUGUUCGUAUGUAAAUAGCAAUUCAAGUAGAGGUGUCAAGGAACAGUAAAGAGAUACAAUGGGACAGAUCAAUAGUUUCGUCUGAAAAGGAAUGAUUUCGGUUGCAAUUCCAGAAUACUAAGAGAAUGAGGGAAUUACUCAUAUCUUAGUUUCAAGAGCUCUUCAUUCAGGCCAAGACAGAGUAGAGCUCAUAAAUAAGCUAUGCUGGAAAUAUACAGCCUUUUCGU